GUUCUAAAGAAAGAAAUUAAAAAAAUAUAUGAAAUAAAGAUAUACCAUGAAGGAUCAAGCUAAAUUUUUGAAAGGAGAACAUGUAGAUAUUUGUUUAGACCAGAAGUCAGAAUUUGGUGAAAAAGAUCUAAAAAAAAGUACAUCAGAAUGGUUGAUAAAAGAUGUUGUAGAAAAGAAUGAAAAAGAAGUAGAAAAGUGCCAAAUAAAUAGUACAUUUAGUUAUGAAAAGACAGGGUUUCCUAUAAGUAAAAAGCUUUUCUGGAAACCAUUAGUUAAACAAUAUAAUGAAUCAAAUAAAAGAUUAGAAGAAGAAUACCUAUUGAAUGAAGAAAUCAAUGAGGAGAAUAUGAGAAGAAUUUCAGAAAUGACACAUGAAGAAGUUAUAGAAAGAAAGGAAGAAUUAAUGAAGUCGUUGAAUCCUAAGUUAAUUGAAAAGUUGAUGUAUAAAAAAGGAAUGGAUAAAGAUGUUAAUGAUAUUAUGAAUAAAAAGAAAAAGGUGCAAUUCUCAUUUGAUGAUAAGGAUAGAUUUGAAUCAGUAUCGACCUUUAAUGAGAAGGAAAAAGUGACAACAUCAUCAAUUGAAGUACAUUUCCCGACAGCACCAUUUGAUGAAUUAGAUCCAUCAUCACCUGAUUUCUUUAAACAACUUCAUUCAAAAUAUUUUCCAGAUCUUCCAGUAGAUCCAUCAAAACUUGCAUGGAUGAUGGCACCAACAAAAGAUGAAGAUGAAAUGGAUUAUCAUGAAUCUAUGUCUGAAAUAGCGCCUGAAUCUAUACGUUUUGAUUUCAAUGCAAAUAUACUAUCACCAAGAAUUUCUAGAGAAGUCCCUAUGUAUAUAGGAUUACAUCAUCAUGCAAAUGCUCCUCUGGCUGCUGGGUAUUCUAUACCAGAACUGGUUCAUCUUUCACGUUCAACGUUUCCUGCACAAAGAUGUAUUGCUAUAUUGAUUCUUGGAAGAAUCAUGUAUAAACUUUCAAAAUAUACAUAUGGCUAUAUAGUGACAGAUGCAUUAAAAAAUGUGAUCAGAAAAUCAAAUGCUAUGGAAAGUUUAAUUGAUGCUGCAAGUGAAAAAACACGUCAUUUAAGUGUAAGAUCAUAUGCUGAAGAAGCCUUAUAUCUUUCUCAUUGUGAAUCAAAUAAUUCUGUAUAAAAAUUCUUUAUAUAUAUAUAUAAUGAUCUUAUUUCAUCUUGUUAU